AGCCUCGGGUCCGGGCCGAGGGAGCGGGACGGAAGUGAGCGGGUCCCGCCCCUUCCCCCUCUCGUCUUCGCUGGAGCCGCCGCCGCUGCCGCCGCUUCCCCCUCUCCGGCGACCCGGAGUCUCCGUGCCGUACCCUUGGUCCCCGGCCGCGCGGAGCCGGGAUGCACUGCUCCCGCUGUGGGUCCUCAUCAUGGAGACCAAACGGGUGGAGAUUCCCGGCAGCGUCCUGGACGAUCUCUGCAGCCGAUUUAUUUUGCAUAUUCCCAGCGAGGAAAGAGACAAUGCUAUCCGAGUGUGUUUUCAGAUUGAACUUGCCCAUUGGUUUUACUUGGAUUUCUACAUGCAGAACACACCAGGAUUACCUCAGUGUGGGAUAAGAGACUUUGCUAAAGCUGUCUUCAGUCAUUGUCCAUUUUUGCUGCCUCAAGGUGAAGAUGUGGAAAAAAUUUUGGAUGAAUGGAAGGAAUAUAAAAUGGGAGUACCAACCUAUGGUGCAAUUAUUCUUGAUGAGACACUUGAAAAUGUGCUCCUGGUUCAGGGGUAUCUAGCGAAAUCAGGCUGGGGAUUUCCAAAAGGAAAAGUAAAUAAAGAAGAAGCCCCUCAUGACUGUGCUGCUAGAGAGGUCUUUGAAGAAACUGGUUUUGAUAUCAAAGAUUAUAUUUGUAAAGAUGAUUACAUUGAACUUCGAAUCAAUGACCAGCUUGCUCGUUUGUACAUCAUUCCAGGAAUUCCAAAAGACACAAAAUUUAACCCUAAAACCAGAAGAGAAAUUCGGAACAUUGAGUGGUUCUCCAUUGAGAAAUUGCCCUGUCAUAGAAAUGAUAUGACCCCGAAAUCCAAACUUGGUCUGGCACCUAACAAAUUUUUUAUGGCCAUUCCCUUUAUCAGACCAUUAAGGGACUGGCUUUCGCGGAGGUUUGGAGAUUCCUCAGACAGUGACAAUGGAUUUUCCUCAGUCGGUAGCACACCAGCUAAACCCACUGUGGAAAAAUUGAGUCGAACCAAAUUCCGCCACAGUCAGCAGUUAUUUCCUGAAGGUUCUCCUGGUGACCAGUGGGUAAAGCACAGGCAACCACUGCAGCAAAAGCCAUAUAAUAAUCAUUCUGAAAUGUCUGACCUUUUAAAAGCAAAGAAUCAAAGUAUGAGGGGAAAUGGCAGAAAACAGUAUCAGGAUUCACCUAAUCAAAAGAAAAGAACAAAUGGGGUCCACAGCCAGCCAGCCAAGCAGCAGAAUCCCUUGAUGAAAUGUGAAAAAAGACUUCAUCCGCGAAAACUUCAGGAUAAUUUCGAAACAGAUGCUGUAUAUGACUUGCCUUGCUCCAGUGAAGACCAGUUGCUAGAACAUGCCGAGGGACAGUCUGUGGCAUGUAAUGGUCAUUGCAAGUUCCCCUUUUCAUCCAGAGCCUUUUUGAGUUUUAAGUUUGACCAUAAUGCUAUAAUGAAAAUCUUGGACCUUUGAUAGCAGCAGAUGUGUUGUGGAAGUCCCAGGAUCAGAGACCUGUUGCAUUUGAGUGGGUGUCUCUUUGAGCCUUACCUUUCUCAGGUGUUUUAAAGAAAUGCAGGGAGGUAAUGAUGUUUCUGAAGAUAACGUUCUCUGCAGAAGAGAGAGUAGAAAGAAACAUAAGUUUGCACUGUAAAUGCAGUUAUAAUCUUUUAUACAGAUAUACCUUUUCAGUGUUUGGCUAACGAAUUUAAGUUGCUUUUUAUGAGAGCAUUUUGUUCUGUGUGAUUGUGAUUUUUAUUUCGUGUUCUGGUCAAGAAAAUAGUGUUAGAGUCAUCAUUAGGUAGCCAAGUUAUUGGGAAUGCUCCAUCUGUCCAUGACAAUGAUUGCAAUAAGAGUUUCCUUGUGUUGACAUUUUUAAAAGAAACUGAAAAUUCACAAAAUAUUAAAUGUAUGGGAGAGCUAAAAAUGUCACAGAAGUCAAGAUUGCAGGCCAUCUGCUUUGGUGGCAUUUUGCGCAUUUCUCUGCUUCUAACCAUUUAGGUUCUCUAAUCCUCUCUGCUGGGAGAUUUGUUGAAAGGUUUUAUUUAGAGCCAGCAUCUACUAUGUAAUGUUCAUGUUAAAAAUGAACACAGCACUUCAUUAAAGGACAAAGUCCUCAGCCUGGACAGGGACUGGUUGGCUGGGUGGGGAGUGGACGCUCUGACUUGGAGUUGAGAGCCUUGUGCAGUCAGCAAACCUGGGUGAGCGCUGGGGAGUUGCGGGGAGGGGAGUGUGGCGCAAGGAGGCGGGGACCUGGCGACUGCUUUGGUGGCAGCUGCUUUGGUCCUGUCUUCACUGUCCUGCCACUGACUCUUCAGUAUUGUACAAUGGUUUCAUUCCUGUGAAAAUUUAUUCUCUAUUACAGUUGUGUAAAUAUGAAUGGAAUACUGACAUUAUUAGGUUUUGGAUUGCAUCUCGGUGUUGAUCUGUGGAAACAAAUGUUGUGUUAGGUUCCAAUUUGCAGUAGUGGCAGAAACUGGCAUGCUUUUAUGAGCAUGCCGAAGCCCCUGGAUGCUGGAGCGGGAAGGGAAGGGGUAUGUGAUUCACCCAGGUACGAAUAAAGCAUUUUACUAGGGGACGAUCAGAACAUGAAGGUGACUACAUAACUCAUUUCCAGGACUGUAUUUUGCUCCUCCAGGAUUCUUAAAUCUUCUUAAGAUGGCAGUGCCCAUUUUAAGAAGAAUUUCAGCUCUAAUUGAGGACAAUCGCCAGGACUUUAAGGGGACUUUAGUGUUCGGGCUGCUUCUGACCUCAUUGAAGGUAUUUGUUUUGGGGGGGUGAUGUGUGAGCAUAUGCGUACGUGUGCAUCUGCCAUGUGGGUUUUAAAAAUCUUUUUUUACGUGUGGUAUCCACAAAAUAUAUCUCUGCUUGUAAAUUUUAUUGUAGAAAUCUUUAUUCUGUAUAGAUAGCCUAUUUAAUAGGGGUUCUAUUUAACCCAGUAGGACUUUCAGAAGAAGUACUAUUGUAAGGAAUUCACUUGGUAUUUCUUUGCUUUAGCUUUUAAAUGGCUUGAUUUUAAAGGAGAAAUUCUAUUUAUUAAUAAAAGUGUCACCCUCUUGGUGCUAAGCAGGAGAAUUCACGAUUACACCAGUGUGUUUAAAAUUAGGUCAUUCAUAAUCCUGCAUCUUGUAAUGUGACAAACUUGUGGAUCCUUCUGUGACCUUUUUUAAAAUACGUUAUAUGAUUGCUUUUGGAAGCUCUUACUGUUCUUUCCAGAAAUACAGCUGCUUUGCUUGGGUCUCCUUGAGCCAUAUUUAUAGUUGGUCCCGGCAUUCCAGAUUUCUAUUAAAUUGUUGAGGGAGUGAAAACUUAGUUUGCCUAGCAGGUAAAUCAUUUUCACUCAUUUACUGUCAUCUGGAAACCAUAUAAUUUUAGUGAUUUCCUGUGUGUCUGUGUGUGUGGUUUUGUUUUUGUUUUUUGAAUAUUUUGGUCAGUCUUUCUGGUGCCUAGAGUUGUAUUUUUCAGCUCUUAAACAAAAACAAAAGAGAUUAGAGUUAGUUACCGUAAGGGUGUCCUCUAAAGGUGUUGAGCCUUUUCAAGAACCAACAGAUUAUCUCUUUCCAAUUACAGCAGUUUAACUCUGGUUAAAUGUUAUUGCUGCUUCGUUUAAUGCACUGUGGAACAAAAUAAGGGUAUUGUUGGGAUGGGAUUUUGGUAACUUGAGGCUUUUAGCUCUCUUGACAGUUGGAGAUACAAAAAGAUGUGAGUUAAAGUUUAUGUGUGUGAUGUGACUUAACUAUGCAGAGAAUGUGUAAGUUGGGUGUACCUGUUUUAUGUACAUCUGCUGUACUUACUCCCUUGAACCUGUGUAUUAGUUUCUCAGCGUUCAGGUUACCUUGAGAAAGGCCAUGCUUAGCACAGAGCUGGAUUUCUCCUUUGAGAAAUUUCAGCAUGGUUUGAAGAAAUCAAGUGAUGCAGAGUGUGCUGAAUAUGCAAUAAUUUACUUCUGUGUGCUGCAUUUUAAGAAGCUAGAUGAGAAGAGUAGCUGUGUUGGCUUCGUUGUGUUUUAUGUCUUUGAGAGAAAACUAGGUCUUUGAAUUCACUUUUUAAAUGUUCUUAUGUUCCAUACUUACAUGUCCCCAGGUUCAGUGCACUGUGAAUCUUUUAUUUUUUUAAAUUUUGUAGGUGUUUUUAUGUAUAACUGUAAUGAUUUGUAAGAUGUUAAAUGAACUUUUUUGUACUUAACCAUCGUUAUCCAAAAGAUAGGGGUAUAGUUUACAUGCUUUCACAAGUUUUUGUUAAGAAAUAGCAAAUGAAUGGUUUUAGGAUUUCAACCAAUGACCCUCUUCCUGAGACAUAAACUGAAUAGCACCCUUAGCAUGGGUGAAAUUUGAAGAGGUUUGAAACUAUAGUUGGAUUUUCAUGUUACUGUAUAAAAGCAAGUCUCCUAUGCCGUCAGGGGAUUUGUGGUCACUGCUUGCUGCUUUGAGCUUUGGAUAUUCUUAUUUUUCUAUUAAAUAUCAAUUAGUAAGUGCAGAUAAUUAAGAUGUAUAGCAAAAUAUGGCAAAAAUACUUUUAUGCUCUAAGAUUGGAUUGGUACUUUGUCUUUUAUGGCUUUAGUAGUAUGUGUGUAAUAUCAAAUAAAAAACUCAAAUCUAAGUGAAUGGCAUCCUUCCACAGGGAUUAUAUUUAAAUUUUAUUAUAAAGCUCAACAUAUUAUGGUGGUUUUUAGAAAAGUUCAGGUCUAAGUGCAUGUAUGCAUUAAAAACAUUUCAUUACCUAAUUCCCUCUUUUGUUUGUUUCCAACAGUUAACUUGAAUAGUAAGGAGCAAAGUCAAUAUAAAAAUUAGACUGUUUGCCUAGUUACUUUUCUUUCUAUAAUAUCUCUUGGCUUUUUAUGUUUUAUUUUUGUACCAGUAUCUCCCUCUGCCUCUUGAUAUUUUGUUUUGAUUGACAUUUGUUUUGUCUCUGUGUUCUCUGAGGAAGUGUUUUCUUUGCAUAUUAAUCAUAGUUACAAGGUCAGAUUCAUUAACGUGUUUAUGAUUGAAAAAAAGUGUCACUUAGUGAUUUUUGACUCAGGUUAUAUUCUGGCCUGGGGAAGGGGCUCAUAUGUAUUGUUGUAACUUUAGAUUAGUGAUAAGCAAGACAAAGUCUUACUUUGUCUGAAGGUAUCAAUAUCCUUUACCUUUAAGUACCUGUCUCUGGGUAAACAGGUGUUAGUAAAACAACAGUUCUGUUAAACCUUACUUCUGAUAGCUUGGUAAAGCCUAGCUAGAGUUCAUUUUAUAUUCUGUCCUAAGACUUUAAAGUGUAUAGUUGCCAAGAACUCUAAAAAUGAGAUUAUGAUGGCCUCAGCUUCUUUUUCUUCCUAGAAUUGAGUUGGUCUUGAAGUUUAUACUAGUGUGUCCUGAAGAUGGCAGAUUGCAAAUAGGCAAUAAAGCCUCUGUCCCAUGCUUUCAAAAUAAAGUUCUAGAUUGCAGUUCCAAACUAUAGGAUAGAUUAUUAUAGCACAAAAGUGGCCUGAGGGGAGGAGAUAGCUAUUGUUGCUAGGCAAAGAGAGUGUAAGGAAGAAAUACUAGAAGAUAAACCAGUGCUUAAGUGCUGUCUGUUGUAUUAGGCUAGCAAUGUGAUCAUUGCCUAGUCAAGCAGUGUCUAAUAUGUAUGGCUGUUACCAAGUGUUUUCUAGCUCUGGAUAGUUAUUUUUUUUACGGUUGCCAAGCAAUCUAGUAAAUCUAAAGUAAUUUUUCUCACUUGAAAGAUCGGUGUUUGGGAGUCUGGUCCUUCCUGUGCUGAUAAUUUACAACUCCAGCCACACUGAAGUUCUCUGCUUUCUUACAGGAACAUAAGUCAGAGCACAGCCAGCCAUGGUCAGGCGUGUGACGUAGCCACUUCAUGAGGUACCUGUACAUUUGUGCUGAAUGUGAUCCAUUCCUUUCCAUCUAGUUCUCUUGUGACAAACAGCAUUUACUAUUGAAACAGUAGUGUAAAGCUAGGGAAAAGAAUAAAGCUACCUUUCAUACAUGGGAGUGGACCUGAAGGGCUGGCUUCCACCAGCUUAGUUGCUCAGACUUUAAAGUAGAAAGAAUUGUAAAUUAAAAACUAUGGUAAAGUAUGGAAGUUUUAUUUUGAGAGAUGUUUAUAACUGAAUCUUUAAUCUGGGUCCCCAGAUUAAUGAAAUCACUAGUAAAGAGAUUCCAUUUGUCUUGUGUCUUCUGUGGUUAGCAGAGGGGAUGGUCUAGGGAUGGUAGCGGCUGGAAAGCACAGUCUGAAAAGAAUUGACUGUGACACAGUGCUUGCAUUAGCUGUGUUGUAGUAUUGGCCGGUGGUGCUUGGGGGGAAGGGAGUGGAUGCAGAAAUCAGUUGCCGUGGUUUGUAACCACAUGGACCCUCCUCUUAGUAGACUUCUUUAGUCCUUUAGUCCAAUGGAAGAAUAAGGCCCUGAACAUAUAUAGGUGCUGCUUUUUUGGUGGGAGGGCUCUUGUAGGGGUUUGGGUGGUGUUUUGAUUAUUGGCUUCUGAAGCCAGGAAGAGGCCACAGAGUCCCCACUGCUACCCCACCUACCCUUUGUAUCUUCUCCCUUGUAUAGAAUAGUUUGUGCUACAUUCUUAUGUGAAAUCUGCCACUUUGGGAAUUUAUAUGCAGUGAUCAUAUCUUGCCCUUCAGAGAUGAUCUCACUUGACCCUUGAGCCACAAGUGGAGAGGAAGGCUAUGGACACCAGUGCUGUUUUGGGUCUCAGUGCAUGUAGCUGUCAGAUUGUUUGGGAACAAAGAAAACUGUGGUUCUAAGGUGAAAUUGGCAGUGUUCUGCUAGUCCUUAGUCCUUGAGAAGUCUUAGUUAACAGUCUUAGGUUGUGGGCUUUCUGAGAUAGAAUGUAACAUUUUAAUUUAAUCUGCUUUUAAUUCAUUGAGUUUCUGAAACAAUCUCUAGCUACAAACUAUGGUGUGAAACAUUUUGGGCACAAAUCCACAUUGUUAGUCAUUGCUCAAGCUUUAAGAAAUUAGCUAGUUCUUUGUAAAAUAUCUUGGUUUCUAUUAUUAUUUCGUGAUACUUUGGAAUCAGCUAUGGAUGGCAGCAAAUGAAAGCAAAGAUUCUCAACUGAAUGCAGUUUAGCAGGUAGUAACUAUUCCUCAGCAGUUUGGUUAGAUGUUAAUACUUUCUGCAGUGAGUGGCAGUGGACUUGCUCUCUUUAUGUCCUGUAUAUAUAGUGUGCACUGGUAGAAAAGCACAAAAGACGUAUCUACACGAGUUUCUUUGUGCAUUUCACUACUGUCCUAGGGGACUCCUGUCUCUUGUUCAUUUUAGGUUUGCAUUUGGAUGCCGUACAAGUACCUUUUAAUUUCAAAUAUAGGUGUCUGAAGAACUGAGUCUUUAAUUUUACUUUUUUGCUCAUUUCACUUCGAAGUUAGGACAGGAGACAGCUAACUGACUUUCCAUUUUCUUACAAACUUUUCCUUCAGUAACAGGGAAGGAAAAUAAAACCAUGAACUAUUUUGUAUAUAUAUAACACACACAUUAUAUAUAUACAUAUACAUAUAUUUUCUUAUGAUUGUGUUUGAAGUUUAUUAGCUUAAUACCUUAUAAAAAAUCAUCUUUGGUAAUUGACACAUACAAUUCAGAUUUAGAAGUUUACCUAUUGGCUUUAAUGAAAACUUAAAAACAGUCUUAUUUCAGAAUAAAAUGAUUAAUCAAAUGGAAUUAUAGUUCAUGUAUUAACAAGUGAAAUCCUGUAUAAGAUUGUUUUUCAUGCAGUUUGGAUGGGAAGGGAAUAAGAAUUUUUCUUUUUAACCCUACCACUUCUAAAACAAGGGUUUGAAGUGUCUUUUAUGCUGCAGAGACUAGGUGAUGUUCAAGGAAGAUUGUGUAGUCUUAAAACAGUUUUCUUAGGAGAAGGUGAAGAUACUUAUGCUGAGUGAUGUUAAAUUUUAUGUGGGACCUACAAAAGCUGGUAGAAAAAAAUUGAAAUGGUUUCACUAAAUAUGAUGUUGAGAAAACUGGACUUUAGGGUAAAUGUGAUAGAUUUGUAAACUCUUCAGUAAUCAUUUUUGUCUUAUGUGAAAGGAUUUAACAUUUAAUUUUUGCCUUAAUUAUCACAGCGUUUUAUGACUUUACCUUCUAGGGCAUUUUAACGUUUAGAAAAAGACUGUAAGUAAACCUUUGGAAUAAUUCUGUCUCUGGUAGUGAUGAAGUUCCUGGUGCUUGUUUUGGUUAAUUGUCGAACAAUUAGAGCAGAAAAGGAACCCCAAAAUACCUGUGGGUUUACCUUGUUAUACAAAUUGGUAACUUUCAAUUGGAUUUAUUGUGUUUCUGGGUUUAUUACAUUCUGGCUAAACUAGCUUUGUCUCUUUUCCCUUAGUGUUAAUCAAAGGAUGAGGACUGAUUGUCACUUAUAUCGGGUGUGACUAUCAUAAAUUAAGAUUUUCCCUUGAGUUUAAAUGUUUGCAGGAUUAUUGUAUUUCCAAAGUUGACUAGCAGUGCCAGCUGUAAUCUCCCCUGAGAAAAUGAACAAAGUCCUGUGUCUUAACAGUUGUUAUGCUCUUUUUUUUGAAAGCUUUUUGAUGUAAAUAACACCAGUUUAGAAAUUAAAAACCUUUUAUCUUACAGAAUACAA